CUUGUAACGUUAUUUCUCAGUGUUGUCGUAUCUUUCAACGUACGGAUUAUCUAAAAACAGCAGCAAAAGAGAUGGAAGACUGCCCCGUGUUCAUUUACACAAACACCGAUUUCGUUACUCAUGUAUGUAGAUCCUACGGAAAUGUCGACGCGCCCACAGUGUCAAGGUUUGACAUGACUCUAAGAUGCAGCUGGACGGAUAAAAUGAACCGAGGUCUUUUUCGAUAUCAUCUGGGAGAUAUAGAAACACGGAUUGUACCCGGUCCUUAUCGUUAUGUUGCUCAGCUUAAUAUCUUGAGAGGAAAAGAGCGAAGGAAACCACAGGAGAUAAUGAGCGUCCAACAGAGCUUUGACGCAAGACAGUUCAAUUUCAACAAAAUAAAUCCAAGUGAAUUCAUGUUUGAACUCGUGAAGCAAGCCGUACCCGGGGAGCGUCCAACUGAGAACGGACUGACGGGACAAAGUUGCAGAGUUGUUAUCAAUGUUAGCCCACUGGAAUUCGGCCACUGCUUGUUGGUACCAGAGCCAGCCCGAUGCCUCCCUCAGGUUCUGACACCUUUUGCCAUACAAACCGGCAUUGAGACUGUGUUUCUAAGCGCUAACCCAGGCUUUAGGGUUGGAUUCAAUAGUCUUGGUGCAUUUGCUUCUGUGAAUCAUUUACACCUUCACGGCUAUUAUCUUGACCGUGAAUUGGGGAUUGAGUAUGCUUCAGCCGAGCUCUUGGUGCCCGACAAAAAAUUACACUGCACGACGGAGUUUCCUGCCGGCUUUCUGUUUUACACCGAAGGGCAGGAUUUGGGUGAAACCGCGAGUGCGGUUUGUCAACUGACCGAUUUUCUGAUUCGUGAAAACAUUGCACACAACCUGUUCAUGACUCGUGGCUGUGCUCCAGACAGUGAUGGCAAACCAUUUCCCACUCGCCACGGAGUCCGUAUUAUGGUUUGGCCCAGAAAGUCAUGUUUCGGGGCAAAGGAAGAAACAGCAUUUAACGUGGCACUGUGCGAGUUGGCAGGACACUUACCAUUUAAGAACCGAGAAGACUUUGAAAGGAUAAAAGAGGAGGAAGUGAAAUCCAUUGUACAGAAAUAUCUGCUUUGUUACGAAGAAUUUGACUGGUUGCAAAAGCGAAUAAAGACAUUGUUUUUAGAGAGUAAAGCUUAA